GUCAAGUGUUAUAUUUACGAACAUAAAAUAUUUUAUGGUUUAUUGAAAAUACAGAUUACACAGAUACCUGUCAAGUUUCGGAACACCUCGAUUGUUGCUAAUACAAUAUAAACGUUUUUUUUCUAAAGUUUUAUUCUUUAUUUUAUUUAAACAUAAUUUACAAAUCGAAUAAUAGUGUGAGAAACUAAUAGUUUUGUGAUAAUGCCAAGUAAAAAGAAAAAAUAUAAUGCACGUUUUCCAGCAGGUAGAAUAAAAAAAAUUAUGCAGACUGAUGAAGAAGUUGGAAAAGUUGCACAAGCAGUGCCAAUUAUAAUUUCUAGAACAUUAGAAUUAUUUGUACAUUCAUUACUUACAAAAACCAUGGAAAUCACAAGUGCCAAAAAUGCCAAAACUUUAAGUCCAUCUCAUAUGAAACAAUGUAUUUUAUCAGAAAGUCGCUUUGAUUUUUUAAAGGAUUUAGUAAAAUCUUUACCAGAUGUAUCAGGACCUGAUGAAGAAGUGCCUACACCACCAUUAACACCAGCUCCAAUAAAUACAAAUACAAAUAUAUCAAAUACAUCUACAAUACAACAUUCAGAUAUAGGAGUUCAGAAGCAGCAAAUGGGAUUAACUACUGAAAUAAAUAUAGAACAUAAAAAUUCAAAAGAUAAUGAAGGAAUAGGAAUAUAUAAUUCAGGUGCUGAAAUGGUUAAAAACACAACUAUCUCUCAAGUUCCAAAAUUUCAAAUAUCUGUGCCUGCAUCAUUUCAAAUUAGUCAACCUAAUUUUUAUACAGAAGUUAAUCCUAUGAAUUUAAGUACAAAUACAUCAGCUGUAAAUACAAAUAAUCAACCAACAUCAAAUUUUGCUCACACUGCUACUCUGGAUGAAGAUUAUGAUACAUAGUUAUUUUUCAAAUAUUAGAAAUAUAAAUUUAAAUUUGAAAUAAUAAUUGAAAUGUUUGCUCGAAUAAUAUUACAAAGUUUUGUUUAAAAAGUUCAUUUGAUAUGCUAGAAAUAAUUUUCAUUAUUUAAACAAUUUUGUUACUUAUAUACUCUGACAAUUAUAAAUUUUUAUAUUUUUAUAUAUUUGUUCUAUUAAAUUAUAAAUCUUGUUCACAUUAGUUAAAACUACAUAUUUGGUAUUUAAAAAAUAUGUUGUAUAAUCCUACUCAAUUAUCAUGAAGCACUCAUAUUUUAAAUACUUUAUAUUGAUGUAUACACAUGUAUAAUAAGUGUGAAUAUUUGGACUUACACAAUUAUUGUGGAUUCUAAAACAUAUGUGUAUUAAAAAUAACUUAGUUACAGUUUUUCUUUGUUUAUAUAUUUAUAAACAUAUAUUGUACAUUUAUGUAGGUACAAAUACAUUUACUUAUUAAGGAUUUAGUUAGGCUUAUAUUUUAUAAUUGGCAAAAAUUUUACAUGUACCUUAUAUAGUUUAUAAUAUACUUUAAAUAUUUAAAUAUUUAUGAUUUGCAAAAUUAUGUAUACAAUAAUAAGCUUUAUAACUAAGAUUUUUUACUUGUAUAAAUAUAAAUUUUUAUAAGAAAAA